UGGUGCCGUAACGCAGGGAAGCAGUAAAUUAGGGUGUGUUCGUGAGAACUGAGAAGGGAUCAAGGGUGGGCCGAUUCACGCGGGAUGCACGUGCACUCAUCACCCCGUACUUCUACUACUAACCCUCCCUCCCCACACCAACACACAUUCUAACCCCAAAUUCUCUGCCUUCUCUGCUCCUCUUCCCUACAUGGACUCCCUCGCUCUCUUCUGUACCGGCGCUCUCCUCGCCGGCGGCCUCUACUGGUUCGUCUGCAUUCUCGGCCCUGCCGAACAAAAGGGUAAACGCGCCGUCGAUCUAUCUGGUGGCUCCAUCUCCGCCGAGAAAGUCCAAGAUAAAUAUAAACAGUACUGGUCCUUCUUCCGCCGCCCAAAGGAGAUCGAAACCGCCGAGAAAGUCCCCGACUUUGUUGAUACUUUCUACAAUUUAGUCACCGAUAUUUACGAGUGGGGCUGGGGCCAGUCCUUCCACUUCUCUCCCUCCAUCCCCGGUAAAUCCCAUCGCGAUGCCACGCGGCUCCACGAGCAGAUGGCCGUUGAUCUCAUCGAUGUCAAACCCGGCGAUCGAAUUCUGGACGUUGGAUGCGGUGUGGGUGGGCCCAUGCGAGCUAUCGCCGCCCACUCGCGUGCCAAAGUCGUUGGCAUCACCAUCAACGAGUACCAAGUGAAUCGCGCCCGGUUGCAUAACAAGAAGGCGGGACUGGACUCUCUAUGCGAGGUUGUGUGCGGCAAUUUCCUGGAGAUGCCCUUCGACGAUAACAGCUUCGACGGCGCGUACUCUAUCGAGGCAACAUGUCACGCGCCGAAGCUGGAGGAGGUAUACGCAGAAAUCUAUCGGGUGCUGAAGCCGGGGGCUCUCUAUGUUUCCUACGAAUGGGUGACGACGGACAAGUACAGAGCGGAGAACCCCGAGCACGUCGAGAUAAUACAAGGGAUUGAGAGAGGGGAUGCUCUGCCGGGGCUGAGAGGCCACGCGGACAUCGCAGAGACGGCGCGUAAGGUGGGGUUCGAGGUGGUGAAGGAGCGGGAUCUAGCGAAGCCACCGGCCCAGCCGUGGUGGGCGAGGCUGAAGAUGGGGAGGAUUGCGUACUGGCGAAACCACAUUGUCAUCACGCUGCUGGCCGCAUUGGGAAUAGCACCCCAAGGAACUGUGGACGUUCAUGAGAUGCUAUUCAAGACGGCCGACUAUUUGACCAGAGGGGGCGAGACCGGAAUUUUCUCCCCUAUGCACAUGGUCCUCUGCAGAAAGCCCCGCUCCCCCGGUUCCCAGUCCUGAUGAGGUAAACCCAUCAUUCGCCCAGCCCUAUUCUAGCUUUUCGCCCUUUUUUUUUUUUUUUUCAUUUUAAAUUAUUACUAUGACGAACUCGGUGUAAUUUUGUUCUUGGAAUUUGUACUUUAGAUUCCGAAAUUUUCUGCUCAAGCGGUAUAGUGUUAAUUGCAAUGUCUGUUAUUGGAUCCUAGUUAGCAGAAAGAAAGGAUGAUAAGGAGAGUUUGGAAUUUGUUUUAAAA